GAUGCUGCACAAUGUACCUCUGGCAAAGCCAUUCACUCCUCUAUAUAUACUCGCUUCUUAACCCGAGACACCUCAACCAAGAUCUAGCAACUCAUCAAGUACAUCACAAGAGUCAAUCAAAUAUCUUUCUCAUUUCUCAGUUGUAGCAAUGGCAUUGGUCACAAGAAUGGGAAUGGAAUAUCCAGUUGUGAUCUUCAGCAAAAGCACUUGCUCAAUGUCGCAUUCCAUUAAGACACUUAUCUGCAGCUUCGGGGCAAACCCGACUGUUUAUGAGAUUGAUGAACAUCCAAAUGGUGAGCAGAUGGAGAAGGAACUGAAAGCAUUAGGACGCAAGCCUAGCGUACCAGCAGUGUUCAUAGGUCAGGAGCUUAUCGGGGGAGCUAACGAGGUAUUUAGCCUCCAUCUACAGGGCAAGCUGGUGCCUCUUCUCAAAGAUGCUAAUGCUAUAUGGGUGUAACUGCCAAGCCACAUCUCACAUUAGUCAGUAGUGUACUACUACUAACUUUUGAUAAGCUUUUGUAUCAACCAGAUAUUAUGGAGAUCCUAUACAUAAUACAUAUACAUUAUCUGUUCUGGA